AAAAUCUUUAUUUUAUUUUAGGUGCUGAUUUUAUUAAGACUUCAACAGGAAAAGAAACUGUUAACGCAACUCUGCCUGUUGGAUUAGUGAUGACUCGUGCAAUUAAAGAUUAUUAUGAAUUAACUGGGAUAAAGGUUGGAUUCAAGCCAGCAGGAGGGAUUCGAACAUCCAAAGAUGUAUUAAAUUGGCAAUUCCUGAUGAAAGAGACACUUGGGAAUGACUGGCUCCAACCAGAUCUGUUUCGUAUUGGUGCUUCAGCAUUAUUGGGAGACAUCGAGAAACAGAUCUUCCAUCGUGUGAUGGGAUAUUAUGCAGACAAUACAGAAUUUGUAUUGUGUUGAAUUUGCAUUUAAUGAUGAAAAGAAGAAAGUAAAUAUAUGUA